AACUCUGUACUUGUGACGACUAUCUUUCUUCCACACACUAAUUGUUUAGAGUGAAUUACACAUGCCUAAAACCAAGAACAAGAGCAAUGGACAUAAAACCAAGUUCGGAGAUGACAAGGAUGGAAACACCUUGCCUUCAGGACCAGUGAAGCGGAAAAGGAUGCGUCCUGCUAAUCAGAAGAGAACAGCUGCAUCUGAGAUGUCUGCCUCAGCACAACUCGUGUUAGAUGCAACAGGGAGCAGGUGCAACCGGAAAAACAGUCCUAUUUGGUUUACUUUAGUUGCUUCAGAAGACCAGAAUGGAGAAAUUUCCUUGCCACAGAUCUCUGCUUGCUAUUUAAAAAUAAAGAAGCAUAGAGUGAAGAUAUCAAUUAAGGCGCCUGCUAUCAGCAACAAACUUGCUGAUAUCCCUCCUGAUGAUUACUCGUGGAGGAAGUACGGGCAGAAGCCGAUCAAGGGCUCUCCUCACCUAAGGACUGAAUCGGAUUUGAUCGAAGAGAUUAUCAAAACAGUUUUACUAAAAUUGAGUCACAAGUAUACAAAUGAACUCUGAUGCUUGUUCUUACCAGAUGAAAACUAUUCAAGCAUUGAGUCAUUAGUAAAAUAUGAUUCAGGAGAAGUUAAAAUAAUUGGAAUAUGGGGCAUGGGAGGCAUAGGAAAGACAACCCUUGCUGCUGCCAUAUUUCAGAAGGUCUCUUCCCUAUAUGAAGGUAGUUGUUUACACUAUAUGAGGUGAUCAUGUAUUCUAGUUUUGAAAGUUGUAGUGCCACAAAAAUCAACCGUUGGAGAAAACUCAAAGCUGCCUCUUCUACAUUUAAUGUGUUAGAUUUUGGGGCGAAAGGUGAUGGACGCGCCGACGACAGAAAGGUGACUGAAAAUAAGACUAGCUUUUGAAGAUGCAUGGGCAGCUGCUUGUAAGAUUGAGGCUUCAACAAUGGUUGUUCCAUCUGGUUCUGUUUUUCUUGUAAAACCAAUUUCAUUCUCUGGCCCUAAUUGUUAGCCAAACAUUGUUUUUCAGGUGAAUUUUGAGUUUGUCUUAUUCACUUUUCUUACAUUUUCAUGCAUUCUAUGUCAAGUCAAAUACAUAAUGUUUUAGAAUUUAAUUCAUCAAAUUUUUUACAUUAUAAACUAAUCAUCUAGGCCGGUCUAAGGCCAAGCCAAUAAAACAAGGGCUUUGAGCCUAAAAAUAUAUUUUACUAUAUAAUUUUUUAAAAUUUUAAUUAUGACUACAUAAAAUUACACAUACGAUUAUUAGUUUAAAAUUUUAAAUUCAAUAUUCUUAUAUUGAACAAUUAAAAAUCACAUUUAAACUUAGAUUAUGAUUGUGAAUGGACGUAUGCGUGAAUGAGGUGAAUUUGAUUUGAAUAUUUUUACACUAAAAAUGUAUAAAAUUAAAACUCUAUUUAAUAUAUUGUUGUAUGUGAAAACAAAUGCAGUUAGAGUCGGGGUGUACCCAAAGGAGCCUUAAUCGAAAUCUUUCUCCUCUCUUGUCUACACUUCACCUAUAAUUUAUUUUCUAUUCUAUUAUCAAGUGUCUUUUUGCGUCAUAUACGACUCAUAUUCAUGCUAGAAAUAUCCAGCAGGGUUGAUUGUUGUAUUCUUUUAUUCUUUCUUUGUGGCCAUUCUAUCUUCCGUGACCUGUUUGGUUGUGAAAAGAGACGUCAAUGCUUGGAGCUUGGAACCCAAGCUAAGGUUGCUAACUAACUAUGUAUUGUAUUUGUUUUGGAAUCUGAAACUUCACUGUUAAAUAUUUCCAGGGAGUGUUUGGCUCUGCAUUUCAAGUUGGUGUGACUACUUGGUGUUUGCACCAGACAGGGCCUGUUUUUGUUUCCAUGUUUAAGCCUAUAGGAAUUGUGAUAUCGGUGGUUUAAGACUAAAACCUUUGUUAACAUUUUUUAAGAAAUUAGAGGUUUGUUGUGUGGCUCUGAAUUGCUAUAUAAUGAAUAAUUUUGUAGACUUUGCUUGAGAAGAUGAAGUCGGUGUACACGAAUGUAGAAGGUUUUCCUCCGGAUCGAAUUGUGGAAAGCAAUUGCUUCUCCAGGGCGUGGUAUUUUGGCCAUGGAUGAAUCCAAUGCUACAUGUGGAAAGCGGUUGAAUUCAAUUGGACUAGAGAACACCGAAGCUAACCGUCAAGUAUGGCGUAAAAUUAUAUAUGAAGAAAGUGUUAUGACUUGGUUAAAAUAUAAUUUUUAUGUGUAUGAUUUUAUAGUACUUGAAAUAUUAUGAAUGCACAUGAUUUUGUAUA